CGAGCGACAGAGCAGGGACCACUGCGUCGUCACCGCAUCACCGCGAUCAAUACCAACCGUCAUUUCAGCAGCUGGGGUGAAACACCAAGCAGUGCAUCACGGCGACUCAUGCGCCUGUGUGAGGUUGCGCCAAGGGGCAGUAAGUGUAUCAGCCUGCCGGCGGCUGGGUGAGCCGUAGCAGCGCAGAGGCGUUGCACGCAACUUGAGUGUGGUGAGUCGUGGUGAGCUUGAGCAGCAGCUACUACUGCACCGUGUCCCUCGGCUAUCACCUCGCCGUCACCGUCUCGUACCUCUCGCUCGGGGAUACAGUGCGCGGCCCUCAUGAGCAGUGGCCAGAGAAGCCGAGCGCGACUUGACUUCGGGACACGGCGAGGGAUGACCACCACCCCGCAGUAGUGUCGGACAAGUCCGAACCCCACAAACAGCACAAAGAGCCCCGCACAACUCGUCUGCACCGUCCAGCAGCUCGAACUCGUCGUAUGCACGCUGCCGGGGCAGAUGUCCCGCACUAUGCCAUGCUUGCCUGCUUGCGCAGCAGGCUGACGCGCCGAUGUACGAGUCAGCGCCGCCCGCGGUCGAUAACAGCCGCGUCACAUGAUGGUUGUAGGCUAUCUCGGCGUCCGGCAUUCCGGCAGCCAAAGUGAACAACAAAGUGACUCUUCGGGCAUGGGCGCCGCAGCGCGAGCCGGCUACUUAAGGCGGCAGCGACGACGCGACACGCGCAUCAUCCUCCUCAUCAUCACACACUCACAAUGAACGGCGUAGCUCUAGUCACAGGCGGCUCUUCCGGCAUCGGCGCAGCGACCGUCAAGGCAUUCCUGGCCAAGGGCGUGCGCCGCGUCGUCAUUGCCGACGUGUCGCCGCUCGACGAGUCGAUCAGCGCAUGGCAAGCCGAGUUCGCCGACGCGCAGCUGCUCGCCGUCAAGACGGACGUGGCCGUCGAGGCUGAAGUCACCGCGCUCAUCGCUGCCGCCGUCGAGAAGUUCGGGCGCAUCGACUACGCCGUCAACUGUGCCGGCGUCUCUGGGGGCGGCGCGUUCGCCGAGUUCUCGACCGAGACGUGGGACCGUACCACUGGCGUUAACGAGCGCGGGGUCUUCUUCUGCAUGCGCGAGCAGCUCAAGGUCAUGGCCGAUCAGGACUUCGGAGAAGCCAAGGACGAGCGCCGAAAGCAGCGCGGCGCGAUCGUCUCCGUCGCUUCCCUCUGCGGCCAGGUCGCCAUCCCCCAAUCGGCCGCCUACAUCGCCUCCAAGCACGCCGUCAUCGGCCUCGCAAAGUCCGCGACGCUUGAGUACGCGGGUAAAGGUAUCCGGGUCAACUGCGUCGCACCCGGCUGGAUCGACACGAACAUGACGAACACGGCCCGCGCCAAGGUCAUCUACGACUGGGGCACCAAGCCGGACCGCACGCCGAUGGGGCGCGGCGGCAUCCCCGAGGAGAUUGCCGACGUCAUCGUCUUCCUAUGCUCCGAGGAGGCGAGCUUUGUCACCGGCGCGACGUGGAACAUUGACGGCGGAUACAUGUGUUUCUAACUAGUCUAUGCCUCGCACUCGAUGUACUCGUACCCGCGCCGGAACUUGCUGAGGGCGCGGUAGUCCCCCCGCCAGGAAGGCCACUCGCGGUCGAGGCGCACGACGAACGGGCUGAACUGCUCCACGGCGGCGCGGACGACGAACGCGCCGCCGUCGGAGGAGAAGCGGAUGGCGCGGGUACCCCACUGCACGAGCAGGAUCGGGUAGCUGCCUGCGUAGGCUACGACCUUGGGCAGCAGCGCGUACAGCUCGGGCCGGGUGUGGUAGAACGUGAAGAGGG